ACGGAAGUCCGCUGCGGGACAGAAGUAAUCAGUAUUACGAGUUCUUUCUGUGAGGGUAGAGCUCAUUUUCCUGUUUUUGUUCUUCGCGCAUUUAUGCUGUUGUGUGUGAGCGAAAACGGCGACAAGUGCAAAAGCUAUUGCGUAGUGUGACAAGACAUUCAGAACAACGUAACGCUAACUGACGCGUCGUAGAAUUGGAGUUUACUGGGGAAUCCCCCUGUAGGUGGUUUGUGUUUGUACUGUAUGUGUUCUUAUGAAAAAAUGUGAUUAUUCUUGUUUGAACGUUGUAGCUGUCGGGCACCAUCCACGCUGGUGUUCAACAAAUCGUUGUGCAGUAGGCGUAAACAAGGAAAAUUUACUGACUGCGCUUCGCAAAAAGAUCUUAGCGCUUGAAUUUGACGCGUAGGUUCCAUGAAACAUAAUGUCCUCACACGUCCCGAUUUAUAACAGAAAAUAUUGCUCCAUUGAAGUAGAUCAAAGUUUAAUGCUGAUAAUUAUAACAUGCUAAGAGAUUCAAGACUGUUUUCUACAGUGACAUUACUGAAGCACCUGGCACAUCUAGUCUCUGCAUUGAUUGUUUCAAUAUGGUGCUACAGCAGCUUCAUGAAAUUUUUUAAUUACAAGGAAACACAAGGACUUGCUACAGCUGGCAUCAUCAGUCAAAUAAUAAGCACUCUCCAGUAUCUUCUUUUGGGACUGUUGAUGAGAAGUGUUUAUGAAGUAUAUCAAGCUUUGAUAGCAAUAUAUACAUACUUUGAGGCAGAACUGUGGCCAACUAUGCUCCUUGUACUUGAGUGUUCUUUGUUGGGAAUCAGCUUACCAGUUCUGCCAAUCCAUCCUAUGAUUUUUAUCAUGCUGAUCUGGUGGUUGUUGCCAUAUACCUACAUGUUGAUGAAGCUGUACAAAACAUAUAAAAGGCUACAGUAUAUUAAUGACUGCUGACAGCUUUCAUAACUAUAAUAUAAAGAAAUUAUAAGGGCAAUUAAGAACUCACAUCAGCUACUAUUACAGAUAUAUAUAUACACAUUUGUAUAUUGCUGAUAAAGUGUCACAUAUUUAUUUAAAAUCUUUGGUCAAAAGCAUGUUAACAAUAAAACAUUAGCAACUAGUUAUUAAAUUUCACACCAUUGAUGCGUCUGGAAAGUAUUGUUCACAGGCCUCUGUUGAUAAAUUUUGGUAAUUAUAGUUAAGCUUCAUCUUCAUAAAAACAUGACACAGUCUUAGGUUAAGUUGUGAGGACUCCAGUGAAUAUAUAGAGCAUUCUGCUCAGUGUUCCCCAUUGUGUAAACUUAGGCAAAAAAAAAAGAGAGAGAGAGAGAGAGAAGAAGAAGAAGAAGAAGGAAAAGAAAAAGAAAAAAAUUGAAACAUUUGUAGGCGUUCUUGUAUAACAUAUUUACAUUACAGGUUAUAUUCUGACAAACUUCAUGGGGUUUCAGAGGGCAUCUUGAAGAACGAACUGAGGACAAGAAUCCAUGCUCAGAAACACCAUUUAAGUAACUACAGAGUGUUGAAGUUACAGGUGAAAACACUGCCAGUAGGCUAGCCUCUCAAUAGCAAAUGUAAAUUGUAACAUUGAAGUCACUACAUCUAUUGUCCUGCACAGUGUCACUAUGGCGGCAGGUGUUGCUGUAUUAGACACUGCCUGACAUUCUGAAUACUAUCAGGUUCAUCAUGGGGAGUCUUGCUUGCAGUCCAUCAGUGUUAAACUGUUUUCUGGUAAAGCAUAGUGGCACUCUGUAGCACCAUUGGAUGAUAUUUCCAGACAUAUGUCUCUAUUCUCAAUUUGUUGCACAAUGCUUUGAAGUUUGUUGGUAUAUUUUUUGUUACCCUCUGUAUAGGAAUUUGUUUAACACUACAACACAUUCAACUUAGAGAUGAUCCCCUUUAUCAUGCUGCAGUCUCACAGGAAUGUGCUGCUGCAAUCAUCAAUUCAACACAGUGCAAUUUUGCAGAAGUUAUUUAAGAGCUACAUCAAGAAUGUGCAACAGCUGAAUUUUUUUAAUACUAAAAUGUGAAUGUACCCUCUUAAUAUAAAUGCUUGCUACAGUUUCCUCCUAUGUAACAUUAUUGACAUGUUAGCUCCACAUGAAUUAAGUCCAACAAACGAAGAAUUAUUAAACAAGGUGUAAAUUUCAUUCAUUGUUUAAAUAAUGUACAAAGUGCAUUCCAAAGUAUAUAAGUAAAUGUAUGACUGUAGCAAAAUAUCACAAAACAGAUUAAAUAAGGAAUCAGUGAACAGUGACUCUCAAUAAAACUUAGAAUUCACUGCAAUUCUGGUGUUUUUUGUAACCUGCUUUGAAGAUUCUGAAAUUGAUUUGUAGAGAAAAAUUAGUUAAUUGGACAAUGACUCAAAAAGUGUUGAUGUUUCCCAUUAUCAACUAAUGAUAUACAUAGCAAAACAAUGAUAACAUUAUAAAAAGCUUUAAAAUUUACUUGUUAGCUUUAUUGUUUUUUGCAUGGCAGGUGUUCAAGGAACUAUUAAAUAAUCUCAGAGCAAAUUAAUCUGAAAAAAAUGUUUAUACUACCAGUUUCAAUUGUUUUGUGAUUUGAUUGUUAUCCAUUAUAAAGACAAGUGUUAAAGAUAAAAAGCCGUAAUGAGUAUUUAAAACCUGUUAUGCCAUGUAGAAAACUAGCAUACAAGAAGAGACACUGAAUAAAAAUGCAGGAAUAUUUGCUACCCAUGCCCAUUUUGAUGGCAGUCUCAUCACUAAGCACGAUUUGCUACCUGUUAAAAAUGAACAGAAAAACAGAUCUAAAAUCUAGAUGGCACCCUCUGCCUUCAGAUUUUCUGUUUAACAUUUUUGACUAGAUUAUGCUUACAUAACAACUUAUUUCCUUUUGGUUUCAGUGUUUGCAUCUGUGCACUCUUAAUUAUUCACUCUUUUCAGUUCCCUGCUCUUAAAUGUCUAUCAUUUGUGGACCCUAUCAGCUCCAUGUUAAGAAGAUCUAUAAAACUAUACAGAGUGCCCCAGAAAUGUUGCGACAAACUUCGAGUUGUAGACGGUUUCUCAAAUAACAAAUCGAGAACAAGAACCUGUAUCCAGAAGCGUCAUUCAAUGCCGCAACAGAGCAUGGAAGUUACAGGCACUGUUGUCUGUCACUAGGCCAUCCCUUCAGCAGAAGGUGUGACUUUGUACACUUUUUAUGCAGACCAGCUCACAAUGUUGUAUGUUAUUCAGUUAUCAUGACUAAUUGCCACAACUUCCAGUGGGGAAGAUGGAGCUAGAUGCUGUGUAGAAAGGCUUUGUCUCCUAUGAAUGCGAUGCUCUCUUGCCUCAUUGAAUGACGUUUCACAAAAGGUUUCCAUGCACAGUGUAUAUUUUUUCGUGGAACCUCCUAAAAUAUCCAUUGUUUCUUGGUAUAAAGGGGAAAAAUAAACUGUGGAUGGAUAUCAGUGUCUGAAACCAUCAUCAAUCGAGGCAGCAGAGCGUCAUAUUCAUAGGAGAGAUGGCCUAUCUCUGCAGCAGCUAGGUCCAUCUUCUUCUCUGGCAAUCGUGCCAGUCAAUCACAAUCACUGAAUAACAAACAACAUUGCUGGAUUCUCUGCCUGUGGACUGUUAGUGUGCAAAGUCACUUUUGCUGCCAAAGGAGUGGUCCUAAUGGCAGGCCAGCACCUGUAACUUAGAGGCUCUGUAGUGUUGCUGGAUGACAUUUCCAGACAAGUGUUCCUGUCCUCAAUUUCUUCCUCGAGACACCUUCCGUAAACCCUUGAAGUUUGGUAUAACAUUUCUGGGACACCUUGUGUAAUCAAAAGCCAGUCAUAAAUGAGAGUUUAUGAACUUUCACCUAGUAAAAAGAUAUGACAUACUAUGAAGAACUCACUAACUACACACACUUUAUUAUAUUCUCCUUAAAGUGUAAAUGUCAUUUUUAAGUAUAAAAUUUUUGUUAUGUGAGGUAUUCCAGAUAAAAGAAGAUACAACAUAUGGAAAUACUAAAAUAUUUAGCAAUCUUUUAAUUACAUUUUCCCCUCCAUCCCUAUACAGCAUACUAGCCUCCCCCAUGAAGUGCUUUGUUAAUUACUUGCUAAGAAGACCGAAAAGUGGAAGACUUGUUUUUGUUCCAAGUAAAAGCACAGCAUAUAAUAAACAUUUUUACAUUUAAUGAAA